GAGUGUGCGCAUGCGCCCUGCCCGAGCUGUCGAGCGACUACCUCUGCCCCCCCACAGCCGAGCUAGGUGGCCGGGCAGCAUGGAGGCGCCGCCGGUCACCAUGAUGCCCGUCACGGGCGGCACCAUCAACAUGAUGGAGUACCUGCUCCAAGGGAGCGUUCUGGAUCAAAGCCUAGAGAGUCUCCUCCAUCGGCUGCGGGGCCUGUGCGACAACAUGGAACCGGAGACGUUCCUCGAUCACGAGAUGGUGUUUCUCCUCAAGGGGCAGCAAGCCAGCCCCUUUGUGCUGAGGGCACGGCGCUCGAUGGACAAAACAGGCAUGCCCUGGCACUUGCGCUACCUGGGCCAGCCAGAAAUAGGAGACAAAAACCGCCAUGCUCUGGUCCGUAACUGCGUAGAUAUUGCCACCUCGGAGAACCUGACCGACUUCCUGGUGGAGAUGGGCUUCCGUAUGGACCAUGAAUUCGUUGCCAAGGGCCACGUAUUCCGCAAGGGCAUCAUGAAGAUUGUGGUAUACAAGAUCUUUCGCAUCCUGAUGCCAGGAAACACUGAAAGUAUAGAGCCCUUGUCUCUCUCAUACCUUGUAGAGCUGAGUGUAGUGGCACCAGCAGGUCAGGACAUGGUUUCUGAUGAUAUGAGGAACUUUGCUGAGCAGCUGAAACCAUUAGUGCACUUGGAGAAAAUUGACCCUAAAAGGUUAAUGUGAAUAAAAAGCAGUCAUGGGUGUUGCAGACCACUUUGGUUCAGGGUCAUAAUGACCUGCCUCCUUAAACUGUUCUUACAAAAUACCUCUUGCAAGAUUAAAGCUAGGGGCCAGGAAUUAUUUGGUAUUUAGUUUUGUCACUCUGAUAAUUGACAGUUUGGGGUAAUUUGUUGUUAUAGGGUAGCUGUGAAUAAAAGAUGUUUGAAAACAGCUUAAAAGCAAUUCUUUCAAAUGAAAUUCUAAGCAGUAUGAGGAAAGGCAUUUAACAUAAGUUUGUAUUAGCAUUCCUGCCCCUCCAGAGUGCGUAUGUGUACACGCACACACACUAAUACUAGAACAGGGAGCAUACAAUGCCAAGUUUGAAGACAUUUAACUUAUGUAAUACUGCUUCCCCAGUAGCGUAUGUUUGCAUGCCUUUUCAACAGUUGUACUUUUGUUGCUCUUGAAUGCUGUAAUAUUCAGGUUCCAGGUUUUAAAACAAUGUUCUCAAGCUAUUAAAAAAAAAAAGAUUCCAUCCUGA